AUGAGCCAUUGCCCAAACUGGACCGCCCCGCAGGAGUUUGUCAUCCUGGGCUUCUCCGGGUGGUCCCAGUGGCUCCGGGCGCUGCUCUUUGCCCUCCUCCUGCCACUCUACCUGGCCACGCUGGCAGGAAACCUGGUGAUCCUGGGCCUGGCGCUGGUGGACGCAGCGCUGCGCACGCCCAUGUACUUCUUCCUGGGGGCGCUGUCCGCCGUGGAGGCGGCCUACACGCUCGUGCUGACGCCGCGCAUGCUGGCGGGCUUCCUCCUGCCCCCUGGUGGCCAGGCGGUGGCCCCCUCCACCUGUGCCGCCCAGAUGGGCCUCUUCGUGGCGCUGGGUGGCUCCGAGUGCCUGCUGCUGGCUGCCAUGGCUCUGGACCGCUACCUGGCCAUCUGCCGCCCUCUCUACUACCCUCAGCUCAUGACCAGGAGGCUCUGCUGGUGCCUGCUGGCCUCCUGCUGCGCGGGGGGCUCAGUCCUGGCCAUAGGCCUCACCGCGACCAUCUUCCAGCUGCCCUUCUGCCACGGCGGCGUGGUCAACCACGUCUUCUGCGACCUGCCGGCUGUGCUGGUGUUGGCCUGCGGGAGCCGCGACCUCCAGGAGCACGUCCUGCUGGUGGCUUGCCUGCUGCUGCUGGUGCUGCCCCUGGCCCUGAUCCUGCUCUCCUACACCCGGGUGCUGCUGGUCAUUCUGGGUGUCGGCGGGGCCGCGGGCCGCCGCAAGGCCUUCCACACGGUGGCGUCGCACCUCACCGUGGCCGUGCUGCACUACGGCUGCGCCACGGCCAUGUACGCCAGGCCCCUGCGCAGCCGCUCCCUGGAGGAGGACAAGCUGGCGUCCCUCAUCUACAUCAACCUCACACCGCUGCUGUACCCGGCCAUCUACACGCUGCGCAACCAGGACGUGCGCGGCGCGCUGCAGCGGGCGCUCAGCUCCUGGACGCGGGGGGCCGCCCACCAGGCUGGGGUCGCCUAA